UUAUAUCAGGUUUAUAGGUAUAAAAAGCUAAGAUUCAGGUUAUAUAGAUAUCUUAUAAUUCAAGCUAUAUAAGCACCUUGUAACUUUGAUCUAAAUUAUAUAGGGAUCAGACAUUGAUGCCAGAAUUUAUUAACUUUCAUUUUUUAGAAAAAAAUGUUAUGACAAAGGCAUUGGCCUUACUGUCAAACCUGAGGAUCAGUAGGCUAGAGCAUUUUGAUCUUUUCUGGCAAGAUGUUUUGGACAUUUGAAUAUUUAGUUCUAAAAGCUCUGCCCUGGAGAAUAAUUUUGAGAGCUGACUUGUGUUAACUGGAGUGCUCCAAAUCAUUGUUAGUUGUUAGAGCAGGUGUCAUGGCUUUGUAGAUCAAGCAUUAUGUGGGCUUGUUAUUUUCUGAUUCUUUGAUUGGGAAGUGUGAAUAGGGAAGAAAGCUUGUAUUACAGAGAACAAAUACAAAUACCAACCUUAUUCUGUUUAGGAAGUAUGAUGCUGCUGUGUCUCUAUGUAACUGACCUAAUUGCAGUAAAGCCAGACUGACACUUUCUUACUUAAAUGCCGUUUUUUACUUGAGAAUGUGUUUUUCACUACUUCCUUUAAAUUAUUCCACUUCUUCAUUUAGCAUUUCUUUAAUUUUAAACCAACUCUUAAAAAUUGUUAUAUAGUUCACUGAUGGAACUAAUGAGUCAGUGGGACACAGCUGAAGAACUACUUGCUAUGGGGUUCUUUGCCAAAACCGAACCCCCAAAAGGUCUAUAUGUCUAUGGAGAUGUUGGCACAGGAAAGACAAUGGUGAUGGACAUGUUCUAUUCUCAUUUAGAAGUAGAAAGGAAAAAGAGAGUCCAUUUUCAUGGCUUCAUGUUGGAUGUACACCAGAGAAUACAUCGCCUUAAGCAGAACUUACCAAAGAGAAAAGCAGGAUUUAUGGCCAAAUCAUAUGACCCAAUUGCACCUGUGGCAGAGGAAAUAAGCCAAGAGGCUGCUCUCCUGUGUUUUGAUGAAUUUCAGGUCACUGACAUUGCUGAUGCCAUGAUUCUGAAGCAGCUUUUUGAAAAUCUCUUUCAAAAUGGGGUUGUCGUUGUGGCAACAUCUAACAGGCCACCAGAAGAUCUCUACAAAAAUGGUCUUCAGAGGGCUAAUUUUGUGCCAUUCAUUGCUGUACUGAAGAAAUACUGCAGCACAAUCCAGCUUGAUUCUGGAAUAGACUACAGGAAACGAGUGCUUCCAGCUGCUGGAAAACUUUACUACCUCACAAGUGAAGCUGAUGUGGAGGCUGUCAUGGAUAAGUUGUUUGAUGAGCUGGCUCAGAAACAAAAUGAUUUAACUAGACCAAGGAUUCUAAAAGUGCAAGGCAGAGAGCUGAGGCUGAAUAAAGCGUGUGGAACCAUUGCAGACUUCACGUUUGAAGAGCUGUGCGACAGACCUCUUGGAGCCAGCGACUAUUUGGAAAUAUCAAAGCAUUUUGACACAGUGUUUGUUCGUGACAUACCACUUCUUACAAUAGCAAAAAGGACACAAACUCGUCGUUUCAUUACUCUUAUUGAUACCUUUUAUGAGCAUAAGGUGCGCAUUAUCUGUUCUGCGGCAGCUCCCCUCCAAAGCUUGUUCCUGGUGGAACAGGGCAGUGGUGAACUGCAGGACAACAGAGUGUUGAUGGAUGAUUUGGACUUGAGCCAGGAUUCUGCCAAAGGACUCUCCAUGUUUACAGGAGAAGAGGAAAUCUUUGCCUUUCAGCGUACUCUUUCACGGCUCACAGAAAUGCAGACUGAACAGUACUGGAAUGAUGGGGACAGAAGAAAAAAAACAUAAUUAAAAGCUGAAUGAAAUCACCAAGAAGUAAAAUUACAGCAUGAAAUCACCAAGAAGAAAAAUUGGAAAAACUUCGGAAAAGCACUGGAAAGCUUUUUAGCACAACUUGAAUAAUAAUUGCACUUUAUUAUCUGGACCAUGUUUUCUUUCAUUGGUAGUCUCUUGAGUUUAAGACAUGAGGUCUCAGUUAUUUUUCUGUACCACUAGUGUGUGGAUAUGUGAAAUUUUGCCUUCAUUUGUUCUUCUUCAAACCUGUCUGGAUGUCUGGGUCCACACAGUGGUGGGGAAUGGAGUUUAAGCCAGCUGGUGGCUGGUCAACCAGUAGGGUUCCCCAGGGCUCAGUAUUGACACCAGCCCUCUUCAAUCUUUAUCAAUGGUAUGGACAAGGGGAUCAAAGUGCACCCUCAGUAAGUUCACAGAUGAUGCCAA